AUGGCAGAGCUAAACUCAUUCAAAGUGGUUGAGGUUUGCAAGGUUGCUCCACCACCAAGCUCAUCAGCUUGCUCAGCCACAUCACCACCUGAGGCCCUUCCUCUAACCGUGUUUGAUUUGCUCUGGCUCAGAUUUGCACCCGUCCAACGCCUUUUCUUCUAUCAAAUCUCUUCUAAUUCCUUUGACACCACCACACUCGUUUCAAAACUCAAAGCCUCGCUCUCUGUCGCCCUCCAACAAUUCCUACCACUAGCAGGGAACCUCACAUGGCCCCAAGACUCCCCCAAGCCCAUUCUCAGUUAUGUCCAAGGCGACGCCGUUUCGCUCACCAUAUCCAAAUCCCAGUCUGCUGAUCAUUUCGACCAUAUUUCAAGCAACAACCUUGAUGUUGAAGCCAAAGAAUACCAUCCUCUUAUACCCCAGUUGGCUUUCUCGCAGGAAAAAGCCGCAGCCAUGGCUUUGCAAGUCACUGUAUUUCCUAACCGCGGAUUCUCUAUUGGCAUUGCAACUCACCAUGCAAUCCUAGACGGCAAGACCUCAACCAUGUUUAUGAAAUCAUGGGCUCACAUUUGCAAACAUGUUGAUGAUGAUCCAUCCAGUUUAGUGUUACCGGAUCAGCUGAAACCAUUUUUUGACAGAAGGGUCAUCCGAGACCCAGCCAGGCUAGAGGCGAUUUACUCCGACGAAUUUCUAAGUAUGGACGGACGUUCCAACAAUAGAAGCUUGAUGCCUUCUAAAUUUAGAGCUCCAGCUCUAGAUUCGAUUCGAGGCACCUUUGUGUUCACACGCCCAAAGAUCGAAGCACUGAGGCUUUUGGUGAAAGAGAAGAACCAACAACAUGAAUAUCAAUCGGUUCAAAAAUAUUUGUCCACGUUUUGCAUAACAUGUGCCUACACCUGGGUUUGCUUAGUGAAGGCAGAAGAAAUACAAGGUGAAAAAGCAAUUAUGGGGUUUACCGUGGACUGCAGGUCUCGCUUAGAUCCUCCUAUCUCUUCAAAUUACUUUGGGAACUGCUUAGUGAUUCGUUUGGUGGUUGCAGAAACAAAAGCGCUUUUAGGUGAAGAUGGGUUGACCGUGGCAGUCAACGCAAUUUGUGAGGCUGUGAAAAGCUUGGACGAUGGCGUUUUGAGUGGGGCAGAGAAUUGGAUCAAGCCUUUGUACUCUGUGGGUGGUGAAGAGAAAGUGCUUACAGUUGCUGGCUCACCCCGCUUUGAGGUUUAUGAAACUGAUUUUGGAUGGGGAAGGCCAAACAAGGUUGAGAUCGUUUCCAUUGAAGGCACAGGAGCCAUGUCAAUGUCUGAAUCUAAGGACGGUGCUGGUGGCGUGGAUGUUGGCUUGGUUGUGGGAAAAAAUUGCAUGCAAGUUUUUGCUACUCUGUUUGCUGAAGGUCUUGCCAACCUUUGA